AGAGACUGUCAAGUUCUUUAUACAAAAUACGACGUAUCAUAAUGAAUCUAUUCUAAAGCUUCUUUUUCCUAAUCAUCCAGAAGGACACGAUUGGUUCUUUAAACAAAUACAUAGUUAUACUGGUGGUGUUCCUUAUUACGUUGUUUAUGUUUUAAAGAAAUUGUGCGAGACUUGUAGAAUUGUUUCGAGAUCCAUUGAUCCUUCAGAGGAUGAAAUCCAAAGUAGAAUAGAGCAAAUUCCUCCUGACUCUUCGCUUUCGGUGAGACCUUCUCAUAGGACACCAGAGGCAAUGACUACUUUCACUGCUAUGCUUCUCGCGAGUAUGUUAGAAUUUCGUAUUCCUAUGGAAGAGACUCUGUUGGGUGCUGUAUCUAUGGGACUUGAUUCCAAAUAUGUUCUGGAUAUUGCUAAUCAUUUUGGUUUUUAUUACAAAAAUUGUUCUAAGAAUGAACACGGUGAAGAGAUUGAAGCAAGUCUCAACCCAAUAGAACAAACAUUUGUCAAGUUGGUUUUUCCAAAAAUUGCUUUAAAGUAUAUCGAAAUUGAAUGCUGGGAUGUUCCUCCUAUUCGUUUUAUUUGUAGUUUGUUUUCAUCCAUUAGUCGCUUUGACUCACCUUCUAGUCGUGGUUUCAAGUUUGAAAUUAUAUUUACUCUUAUUCUUUAUGUUCGAUGGUGUUUUUGUUCCAGAUUGGGUGAAUUGAGUCUAUUUCGGCAUAGUCUUGUAGAAGAUAUUCCUAUAAAAGUUGGGCGGAGAGUGUUAGGAGAAUUCGAAAAGGAUCCUAUUCUCAAGUAUGUUCCAGCAUUGAGUUCCACAGUUGUUGGUAUUCAUAGUGCCAGCGAAGAAACUUAUCAUGUGAGUGCUUGGAAGCCGUUGUUUGAAACUUGGUUAUCAAAUGAUGGAAUAUUUAUUCCUACAAGGCAAAACUCCAGUGGACCUGAUGUUCUUAUUCGAGUAACACAAACUAGCGACAAUUCUAUUCUUAUUGGACAAGAUGCAUCUUCUGUAGAGCAAAUAUCCAUGGAAACUGAAACCAGUGCAAGUGAUAUUUUGAACAAACGGAGGAUCUAUUUGAUUGGGAUUGCAUUGAAGUGUUAUCAAAUGUCAAGUCCUGGUGUUGGACGUUCUAUGAUUAAAGCAGAAUGUGCUAAAUUUUUACAUCCAGUUGCGUCACAAUUGGACUUGGAGAAUCAUAAUAUAAUGGCAAUUCAGUUUAUUGUAAGCAACAAGUAUACUGCAGAAGUAUCCAAACAGCUGAGAGAUAACCAAAAUUGGGUAUUGGAUAGUGGAAUUUAUUAUGAAGACCAUAACAAUCAUAUUGUCUCUAGUCCUAUCAAUUCUGCGACAAAACCACAGAAUACAAGGGAAGAAUGGCUAUGGAUUCCUCCUCAUUGUCAAGUUGUAGUAUGUUCUACCAGCUCUCUCAAAUCCUUUUUAGGUUGCAAGGCUAGUGAAGAUCUAGAUAGAGUUUUUGGAGACCAUCCAUUAUGGUUGGACCAACUCAGACCACUUUCAAAUCUGUUGGAAAAUUCAUUGAUAGACCUGUUGAGUCGUGCACCAUUUGAGCAGUCUUCUGAGAGGAAUAUUCAAUCCAUGGAGAGGGGUAAUCCAGUUAUGAAUUGGAAUGUUAUGCAAGUGGAAGAAGAUACUCGAGACGAGGCGACUACUUCUUCGCUUAGUUUGGUGCAACAAAAUCCAUUUGACUGGAUUAACUUUUUGAAAGCAUAUUGUCAUUUAAAUGAGGAAGAAGCGAGUAAAUGUUAUGAAUGCCUUUGGACUUUUUCAGAGCGAGACAUUGGAUUCAUAAGUUCGGAUAUAUUGCAACAAGUUGGUAUCGAUGAUACGUUGUUGCGAGUCAAGGUUCUUACUGGUAUGAGAAAUUAUGUGAGAAACAAUCCUCCUACUUGAAAUGUUUUAUAUUCCUUCUCACUAAUAAAUAUUCAAGUCUUGUG